AUGGCUAUGAGUUUGCCACAGCAGAUAGGAGCUCUGUCGGGGACGCCGAUAGUAGCGGAUUCAGGGACCGUUUCCGGCGAUCCUAAGUCGGCGACGGUGACCGCGUCGGCGGUGUGGAGGUCGCCGUCGAGGAGCCUCCGGUGCAUGGCGGCGAGGGCGGGGGAGAUCGAUCGGAUAUCGCCGUCGCCGCCGCUGAGCCCUAGGAUGGGACUAAUGCGGCCGGACUUAUCGGUGGCGUGCCAGGCGCUGAUGGAGGCGGCGCCGGCUGAGGAGGUGGUGGUGGUGAGGGAGUACAAGGAGGGGGGUGCGAAGGUUAAGGGGAAGGGGGUGCCGGUUUACGUGAUGAUGCCUCUGGAUAGUGUUACGAUGGGGAACGCGGUGAACAGGAGGAAGGCGAUGAAUGUGAGUUUGCAGGCGCUGAAGAGUGCUGGAGUGGAGGGGGUGAUGAUGGACGUGUGGUGGGGACUGGUGGAGAGAGAAUCUCCGGGGGAGUAUAAUUGGGGAGGAUAUUUGGAGCUCAUGGAGAUGGCGAAGAAGCAUGGCCUCAAGGUCCAGGCUGUCAUGUCGUUUCAUCAAUGUGGCGGAAACGUCGGUGAUUCUUGCACGAUCCCUCUGCCAAAGUGGGUUGUGGAAGAAAUUAACAAUGACCCUGACCUUGCCUACACAGAUCAAUGGGGAAGGAGGAAUUAUGAAUAUUUAUCUCUUGGCGUUGAUACUCUUCCUGCCCUCAAAGGACGUACACCUGUCCAGUGUUAUGGUGACUUCAUGCGUGCUUUUAGAGACAGAUUUGAGCACCUUCUAGGGGACACCAUUGUGGAAAUCCAAGUUGGAAUGGGUCCAGCUGGUGAGCUCCGUUACCCAUCAUAUCCAGAGCAAAAUGGGACAUGGAAGUUUCCUGGAAUUGGAGCCUUUCAGUGUUAUGACAAGUACAUGCUCACUCACUUAAAAGCGGCAGCAGAAGCUGCCGGUAAGCCAGAAUGGGGCAGCACAGGCCCAACAGAUGCCGGGCACUAUAACAACUGGCCAGAAGACACCAACUUUUUCAGAAAGGAAGGUGGUGGUUGGAACAGCACUUACGGUGAAUUCUUCCUCACCUGGUAUUCUCAGAUGCUUGUGGACCAUGGAGAGAGAAUAUUAUCAUCAGCCAAGGCCAUCUUUGAGAAUGCAGGUGUCAAAAUCUCAGUUAAGAUUGCGGGAAUUCACUGGCAUUACGGGACUCGGUCUCAUGCCCCUGAGCUCACAGCAGGGUAUUAUAACACUCGUUUCCGCAAUGGGUACCUUCCCAUUGCCCAAAUGUUAGCACGCCACAGUGCCAUAUUCAACUUUACCUGUAUUGAGAUGCGAGAUCAUGAGCAGCCACAGGAUGCCCAAUGUGCACCCGAAAAGCUGGUUAGGCAAGUAGCGUUAGCUACUCAGAAAGCUCAAGUUCCACUUGCUGGGGAAAAUGCGUUGCCACGGUACGAUGAAUAUGCACACAAACAGAUUUUACAAGCAUCUUCUUUGAAUCUUGAUGGUGAUUCAGGAGAAGAGAGAGAGAUGUGUGCGUUCACGUAUUUGAGAAUGAACCCGGACUUGUUCCAGCCGGAGAACUGGAUACGGUUUCUGGGAUUUGUGAAGAAGAUGAAGGAAGGAAAGGGGGAUAACCGGUGUUGGGAGGAAGUGGAGCGGGAGGCAGAGCAUUUUGUGCACGUGACGAGACCAUUGGUACAGGAAGCUGCUGCUGCCCUCAUGCACUAAAAGUUUUAGAUUAGUGUAUGAUGUUUCUAUAUAUGCUCAUUUAGGUCAGCAGUCCAUAAAAGGACGACAGACGUGUAAUAAUGGUCUGUGUCCAUGCCCAAUCUCUUUUAUAAAUGUAUUACUUAUUCUAAAACAAGGAUUUGCAAUUUAUAAUACCAUAGAAUUUAUAUUUGAACAGAAUAUAUUCUGUCUCUUAUAAGGUUGUUGGCUCUGAAAUUUUUCGGGGUUCAUUAGAUGUGGUUAGGAACAUAAUGUGUUGGUUUUAUAUUGGAA